AUGAAUUUGUACAAGCUAGCGGGCCGCGGGUCUAAUUUUUAACCACUUUAUCCCGGCUCGAACUUAACCGUCUCGGGGCCUUUUGGUGCUUAAGGUGUCCUCUGAAAAAACGAGCCGUGUUUCGGGUCCGAAUUCGAAUGGUAGCGUUAGCUUGAGGCAGGCGAAGAGAGACACCGGCAGACAAUACGCACCUCUUACAGUGUAUGUGUGGCAACAACAUGUCUGUGCCGCUGCUCGCCGAGGCCGUGACGGUGUCCGCGCUUGAGAAGGAGACCGCGGCGGUGAUCUUCCUUCAUGGGUUGGGAGACUCAGGGCAUGGGUGGGCUGACACUUUGUCGGGGAUCCGGCUGCCUCACGUCAAGAUCAUCUGCCCCCACGCGCCCCAAAUUCCCGUCACUCUCAACAUGAGGACCACGAUGCCGGCGUGGUUUGACCUCAUGGGUCUCAGCACCGACUCCCCAGAGGACGAAUCUGGGAUCAAGAGGGCAGCAGAAAACAUCACGGCCAUAAUCGAACAUGAGGCCAAAAAUGGGAUCCCCCCACACCGUAUAAUUCUCGGUGGCUUCUCUCAGGGUGGGGCCUUGUCCUUGUAUACCGCCUUGACCUGCCAGCAUCAGUUGGCUGGUGUUGUAGCCCUCAGUUGCUGGCUACCACUUCACAAGAGUUUCCCAUCGGCGUCAAGUGGCCACAAGAACCUCCCAAUCUUGCAGUGCCACGGUGAGGUGGACCCCAUGAUCCCCUUGCAGUUCGGUGACAUGACGGCGAAAAAACUCAAAUACAUAGUUAACCCUCAGAUGAUCACCUUCAAAACCUUCCCAGGGCUCUCUCACAGCUCCUCUCCUCAGGAGAUGGCGGCUGUGAAGGAAUUUAUCGAGAAGUAUUUGCCCCGAAUCUGACCUCACCUCAUCCCCACUGUGACCCCCCCUCCUCCCUCCUCCCUCCUCCUCCUCCUCCUCCUCCUCCUCCCGAGACACUGACCUCUCACCCCUGAUCUGCCAUUCUCCCACAGGAAACAGCCAUGAGCACCCCCCCAUCUUCCAUACACACACACACACACACACACACACAAGAUAACACGCAUGCACACACACACAUAUAAACACAGUAAUAGUCAUGAUUCGAUCCACACCGCUAAACAAAACAUGUGCUUCUCAUGCAAAUCCAGUCCAACAACUCUCAUACUGAAAACAGAUUUAUCAAUCACACUGAUCUGAUAAUAACAUAACCAAGUGCUCGCACUCACAAGUCUUAGCCUUCGGAGGGAGAAACACUGACUCACAAUACAUUCCCUUUGGUUUUAUUUAAACAACUGCUGUCUGUCGCCUCCACCUUAACCUCACCUUCUCUUCACUUUUACCUCAUUUUGCUUCAUCCAAACCUAUUUUUUUUUCUCAGCUAUCACAUCCUCCAUCACUUUCACUGCCAUGCCUUUCCCAUCUUGCAUUUUGCUGUGUCAGUUUGAGUGGGAAAACCAAAAAUAAGACCAAGUUGGAUGAGCAGGUAAACACCUAGCUGAUGCUGUCAGGCCUGGAUUUUGCCUUUUAUUCAUUUUUAUGUAAUAAAGGUGGGGGGGUUCAAUCUGAUGUAACUUUGACACAGAAUCUCAAGGCUUUCCAAUGUGCAACCAGUUUGAAAGAGGAAGAGCUUCUGGUUGGCUGCAGUGAGCGAAAGGACAGUGAUAAUAAAAUGUUUACUGUAUAAUUCACAACUUUAUUGACUACUGUUGUUAGCUUGUUAAGGAUGCUAGCUCCUGCAGUAGCUACAUAAACCUCCUGCUUUUUGCUACAUAAAACCAGUGACUUCCAUCAGGCUAAAUCUGGUCUGACAGCAGCUUCACUCCUCUCUGUUUGGAGUCUGACUCAGAUGCAGUGAUUUUAAAGCUGGGGCAGCUGUUUCUUUUUUUUUAAAUCACCAUCCAUUCCACCACCUACCACCCCCAUGACAGUGCCACCUGUGUGCAGCCUGUCCGGGUCUUGAAUCUCGAUCGCUUAACUACGACCGGCCCUUUUAUUGAUGUACCAGCACCCCCGGGGGCCUCACAUUUCUUUUGUUUUAAUGGAGUGUGAUAAGAUAUCUUGAAUUAUAUGAAGAAAUUCCAAUUGAAAUAAAAAGAAAACUAAUCAAUCGA